UCCUAAUCAAAUCCUUAACAGGAAUGUCAAGGCAUGUCAUAGCUUCUAUGAAUAAAGGCUGUGGUUAAACUAAUGGUAGAUAAUAAUAAGGAAAAAAAUAAAUAAUGAUCUAGUAGACCGCCAGGGAGACCACAUGUGCAAAGAUAAUACUAAGUCCACGCGCGCUUAUCAUUUAUAUAAUCUAAAUAGUAAUUUUCUCCCUUCAGUCCUUAGCCUUUUUAUGUCAUGAAGAUAUUUUAUUCUUCAUAGAACUACAUAUCUCCUGCUUGAGUGCACUUUUUCUGCUCUGUUUAAUAUAAGUGAACUUUAAUGUUUCUUUAAUUAACUUAUACAGACUACUUCUUUUAAAAUCAGACAGUGACUCAUCACUAUUGACUGCUUCAAAUAUCUUGUCCAAGGUAGGCAACUCAUUAUUAAAAAAGAAGGAAUUAAUUUUCCUGCGUAUUUCACUUAGGGCCUGUUUCACAAUCGCGAAGUAAAGUUCUAAGUAAGCUACUUCGAACAUAACUGCUCAGUAAACUACUUAAUUGCGUUUCACAAUCCAACAGUAAGGUUAAUCACCACUUUAUCUGAUCAGUAAAUUAAUCAUCGGAUGGACUGCCAAGUAGCCGUUUACUGGAUAAGAAAAUUUGACAAAUGUUAUAACCUCAAAUAAAUGCGGUUCGAAAUCCGCAUUUAAUUAAAGUGCCUAUCAAUUUGUUUUCGUUUUAAAAUGGAUAUUUUUGAUAUUAUUGAAGAGGAAUUCGAUGAAUUUUUUGAUCGAGUGACGGGACCGCGUAGGGAACCAAUAUUUCGAAAUCGUUCGAAUAAUAUGGAAAAAUAUGACGAUACUGACUUCAAGAUGAGAUUUCGACUCUCUAAAGUAGCUGUGACUUAUGUUUUUUCUCUAAUACAGGACACAAUAACUGCUCCUACGUCGAGGAAUUAUGCAGUUACGCCUAUGGAUCGUCUUUUAUUAACAUUGAGAUAUUAUGCAACAGGAAGUUUCCUUACCGUAGUAGGUGACUUCACUGGUGUAAGCAAGGCUUCUGCUAGUCGCAUUGUUAAGUUAGUUUCACAUGCGAUUGCGCAAUUACGAUUACAAUUUAUAAAAUUUCCUACAAAUACGAAUCACCUGCAGGAAGAGUUUUAUGAUAUCGCAAGAUUUCCCAAAGUAAUAGCCGCUAUUGAUUGUACACACAUACCUAUCAAAUCUCCAGGUGGAGAAAAUGCAGAAAAUUUUAGAAACAGAAAGUCAUUUUUUUCUUUUAAUGUUCAAGCUCUGGUAACUGCAAAAUUGAAAAUAAUUGACAUUGUGGCUAGAUGGCCCGGAGCAACCCAUGAUCAAACUAUAUUCAAUAAUUCAUUUAUAAAGCAACAAUUGAUGAACAGAGAAUUUGGUCCUUGUGUAGUUCUCGGUGAUAAUGGAUACGAAAACAAUUCAUAUCUUCUAACGCCCCUCUCAAAUCCAAGAACACCUGCAGAGCAACUGUACAAUGAAUCCCAGAUAAGAACCAGGAAUGUGGUAGAAAGAACAUUUGGUGUUUGGAAAAAUCGGUUCCCUGUUCUAACCAAAAAAAUAAUAUUGCAUGUAUCACGAGUUCAGGCUGUGAUUGUGGCAUGUGCAGUAUUACACAACAUUGCUAUUGAUAUGGGAGAUCAACAAUUUGAAGAAAACUGGCCAGAAGAGUCUGACAACGGGGAGGAAUAUCACAGCAGCACACAGAAUACAGAGGAUAGUAGUGUACGCAGCAACUUAAUAAAUGACUAUUUUGCUUCACUAAUACGAUGAAUAGCUAUGUACAAAAAUUUAUUGGAAAUAAAAUGUUUACACAA